AUGGAAAGGCAUCCUGAAGAAUAAUUUUAAUCAAAAGAAAAAUAGUUCAAGUAUGAAUUACUUCCAUAGAGGAUUUAUUUAUAAUAAAAAAUGUGUUGGGCCAUUGCUAUUAAUCAUAAUAAUAAAUUUUUAGUUACAGGUGCUGAAUCAAACAUCAAUGUAUUUUAAUUCAAUAAUGGAGAAAUCAAAAAGAUUCAAAUAAUUUAAAAACAUCAAUCUUGGAUAACUACUCUUAACUUUUGUAAUUAAAUGUCUUUAAUAAUUUCUGGAUCAUCCUGUGUUAAAAUAUGGUCUCAAAAUCUAUUAUCUAAUCCAAAAUGUCUUUUUGUACUUUCUGAGCAUUCCUCAAUGAUUUAAUGUAUAGUUUAUCGUUAUUACAAUCCUUCUAUUAUUAUUAGUGGUUCUAGGGACUCUACAAUAAAAUUUUGGUAUUAAAAAGAACUGUAAUGGAUUUGUUAAUAAACUAUUAAAGAACAUUCAAAUUCAGUUGCUGCAUUAUCUUUAAAUUAAGAAGGCAAUGUGCUAAUUUCUUGUGGAGAUGAUCAUCAAAUAUUAAUCAUAAAAUAUAUUGAUAAUCAGAAAUGGAAAAUUAUUUAAAAAAUAUAAGGUUAAGGAGUAAGAUUAUCCUUCAUUACUAAAGAGACUUUUGCAUUUUAAUCUUGGUAAUCAAAUAAACUUUUGCUCUAUAAAUUUGAGUAGUAGACAGGAUUAUAUUUGAAAACUAAAGAAUUACAAAUAAAAGGAAGUUAAUAAUUUUGCACUUUUUUAUUUCCAUGUGUCUACAUUCCUUCAAAACUCAUUUUUCUUUCUAAAAAUGGUUAUAAUUUGAAUAUAAUACGAUUUAAUACUUCAAACUUUGAUGGCCAUUUAGAGUAAGCAAUAGAAUUUGAUUAUCCUAAUAAUUGGUUAGGGAAUAUAUUUGGUACUAUGAGUGAGGAUGGAGAAUAUUUGAUAACAUGGGAUAGCAAAUCAAAAUAAUUAUAAAUUAGAUAAUAUAAAGAGAUUGAUUUAUAAAAAAGUACGACCACAAAAAAAAAUUGCAGAAUAUUUUGA